AUGGCACCAGAUUUAAACUCAGUACCUCCAUCUCCUAGGCCUCAGGAGGUUGUAGCCUCUCCACGUCUUACAUCCCGUACUCCUUCUCGACGCACUUCUCAAGCGAUGUCUUCACCAAAUCCUCCUUUAUCUACUGCUUCUCUCAAUAUUCUUCCCUCAAAUCAAAGUGCCGUCGCUGCAGCUUCACCCCCUUUAAUGUCACCUACUAAUAAUAUUCUGACAUCCGCCACCGGUACAAUUCCCGCAAGUGACAAUACGGGCGUAGGAAUGGGGCCUGGACCAUUGAGACAUCCAAGGCCUUUGACGGCUGCGGAUUUACAUCUACAAUUGGAGAAGGAACAGGAAGCUGUCGUGAAUCGAUUAACCCGUGAACUCAGCAUGCUCCGCGCUGCUCAAAAUGCCUCCGUAGUCUCAAAUACCUCGUCAACUUCUGCAGGCCAUCCAGAUGCAUUGGAUAAUUCGAACCAUCUGCUUUCCGGCCCCAACCAUCCAAUUCCUUCACAUCGUCGCCACCACCGCACGUCGUCCAGCACUUCCACUCGAAGCAUUACUGCCACCGCAGGUAGUAUUAGCACCGCCAGCGGAAUCGCAGCUCCGGCUGCCCGACGCGUCGAUUCCCUCCCUCAAUCUAUCUCUCUCAGUCGUCAAAAUUCUAUGACCGGCGUUCAAAGAUCCGGAGCUAGUAGUCCUGCACUAUUGAGCGGUAGCUUUGGACAUGCUGAUCAAUUCUCGCAUUUCUAUCACCAACAACGACCUGGUAUGUUACCACAUCGUGAUUAUUCAUCGGGUACCGUACCAACAAUGAGUGGUAAUGCUGCGGGAGACGUUGGCAGUGUGACAAGUGUGCCAACAACAGGAAGAUAUGAAGAGGCUGCUUUCCAAAGACAGGAGUUGGAGAGUGUGAAGAAAGAGAAUGAGGCGUUGAAGAAGAGGAUUAGAGAAUUGGAGAGGACGUUGAGGGAGAGGAGACAGAGUGAUGCGAGUUUGACGAGGCCAAGAAGUGAAAGUGUUAGUACGACAGCCAGUAUGGCGGUUGGAAGAGCUAGAGAUGGCUUAAGGGACAGGGAUGCGGCAGAAGAUGAGAGUGUUAGGGUUGGGGAGAGUGCUAGAAGUGGUGGCUUGCGAUGA